AUGAUCCGAUCAGCUCACCCACUAAUUAGACACCCACACUGGAGCCUCAUGUUCGUGAUCCUUGCGCUAGUUGCCAGCGUCUCGUGCGCACCUCAAAACCCACAGGAUGUCCAGAUAGUGAGAUAUGACUCGGACAAUUCUGGAUUAGGAUCAUACAGUUUCGCAUGGGAACUAUCAGACGGCUCGAAGCACGAAGAACAGGGUCAAUUGAAGAACCAGGGAACUGAGAACGAAAGCUCCGUAGUUCAAGGACAGUACUCCUGGGUCGGCCCCGAUGGCGUUCUUUACACCAUCACCUAUAUCGCCGAUGAAAACGGUUUCCAGCCACAAAUUCAACAAGGACCUGGUGGUGCUAUACCAGCUGGAGUCGUCGCGUCACUCCUCGGUUAA